AGCUACUGGAAUUGGUCAUAUUGCCCAAAACUUACCUUAUUAACUCUCUUUAGUACAAAAGCACACUACGUACUUUUCUUUUUCUUUUUUAGGUUGAAGCGCAAAGCCCCAUCACUUGCCUUCCCGUGGCGCGCUUCGUUAGGUGGAUUAUUUUCUUUUUAAGGAGAUAAUUCAUGAACUAAAAGUCAGGGCAUGCCAUGUUAAAAUUGCAUCACAUAUUUUUGGUAUUGAAAAGACUCAAGAAGCAUCAACUGCAGGUUUAUGGAGGUUUAUGGAAAACAAAAUCCCAAGUUUUCUUUUUUGUAACAUUAUCGUUUUCGGAAAGGCAAAUUAUGAAUUUGAUGUCUUAUCAGCCAUCAAAGAAUAAAAUUAUGUUAUUGUAUCGCUCAAGCACAAUCAAAAUGGAAAUGUUUGCAGCUAUAAUGAAAUCCAAGGGUAGUAUUGUAGAUAAUAUACUGGAUACUAUGUUUGCGCAGAUCCAUAACAUAGAGAAUCCAGCUCUACCACAAGGCGGAUUUACCAUAGACGGGAUCCUGCGCACAGAUGUAGACUGUGAUGGUAGGGGAAUCACAAGAGGGUCUCAUACAUAGAGCAACCUGCCUGGACCUCUGGAAAGAAGGCUAUCACCAACCCUAGGAAUGAAGAUAAAGAAUGCUUAAAAUGGGCCGUUAUUGCUGCACUAAACCAUGAAAAUAUCGGAAGAGAACCGCUCGGUAAACGUAGAGAGCGCCACGGAAAAUAGCAUCGAUACCCUGCGACAAUCAGACCACAACUUAACGCGUAGUAAACAGGUAAACGUACUUCUCAUCACAGACGGCGACGUACUACACCAUCAUCAAAAAACCUUGUCAAGGUUGUUAGACAGCAAGAACUCUAAGAAUACAAAGCCAAUGCAAUUCUGUCUUAGCUAUUUGUACGCCUUUUACACAACUGAUACGAAAAACAAGCAUUAUGUGUACUGUAUCCUUCACGAGGCAGUCAACGUUGCAAUGCCAAAGGAGAGUGAAAAAUGUUUGAAAUAACACGAUAACCAGAAUUAGUUUAGAGUGCCGUUUUCUAUAUGCGCAAACUCUGAAAGCCUACUCAUCUCGGUAGAAGAAGAUUGCAGACAGAGUAAAACGCUGAUUAAGCACAUACCCUCUGGCUGGUGCACCUAUAACAGAUUUGCUUACGGAAAUGUACCGGAUCUGCUGAAGAUUCGCCAUGGCAACGACUGUGUCAGAAACACCAUGGAUCAUCUGAAAGAUGAGGUGAAUAAGUCGUACGGUACCUUUCCUUAGCAGCCGAUAAUGGGGCUCACAAAGGUGUUAAAGAAAGUGCACAACCAGGCGGGAGGAUGCAACAUCAGCACAAAGCCAUUCGAUGACCCUGCAAGGCGUCGUUGUUACUACACAGGUCUAUAAGGGUAUAAAAAAAUUUUUAAACGCGUUUUAAGUUAUAUAUUUCCAACGUCUGGAAACCAAAAUAAGAAUUUAUUUACAAAAUAAAAUAAAUUAAACUAUAACCGGGAGAAUACAAACGCGCCUUAAGCUAAGUAAACAAGCAACAAUAUAAAUAAAACACAAACGCUUGUGCCCAAUAGGCAACAUGCAAAAGAAAAAAGUAGUUAUUAAAAAUCACUAUCAACUGCAGCGAAACAUCACGAGGCGUACACACACAUACGCACAAACCUUACAUAACGCAACAAAAUACAUACCUAAAAAAGUUAAACACACUUAAUUCUAAUAUAUAUCACAAGCAAAUCUCAGUACAGGUUACGGGAAAUAGCAAAGCACGGUUUUUUCACAGUUUCUAUGUACAGGGUAAUUGGAUUACACUCAUUAGCACAAGGAAUGUACACAUAAAAUUUGGUACUUAUACAGGCUUACCACUGGGGAUGUUUACAAAAGAUAACAGCCUCAACGUUUUUGAUGCUGUUCUUAGGUAGCUUAGCUAGCCUAUAGCUAUAUUUAGGAAUAAACUUGCAUUUAUUAUUACUGUGGAAAGUUUAUCAUUUCUUGAACAUGAUAGUUUAUUAGGCGACGUUUCGGGAGAUCCUUCUCCCAUCAUCGGGCAAAGUAAAAUGAAUACUCAACAGACAAACCGAAAUAAUAUCUUCAAUAGCAUUUAUUAGUUAACACUAAGUAAAAUAUGGUCAAGUUUAAAUAUUGAACUUUUCCGCUAUAGCUAGCUAGACUAAGUAUGAAAGGACAAUACUGAGAUUUUUAGCUGGGUCAAAAGUCAAAACGUAAGAGGAAUAUAGUUUUUUAGCUGUAUAUUACGUAUGUUUCUGUUCUUUAAUUUUCCUUGUGGAAUGCCUUAAAUUCUUGUAAAUCUGGUUAAGAAAAAAAGUUCAAAACUUCCUCUCCUUUCCCUGGCACUACUGAUGGCAUUUCUUAGCAUUAUCUUUAGUUCCAAGUCAUGAUUCCUUAGCUUCAAACCGUGAAGUUCAGCUUUGUCGUGUUUACAAGAUUCAGCAUUAGCCAAUACGAUGGACAACGUCGA